AUAGUAAGAUUGGGCUGGGGCUGAUCGACUGGGGCUGAGGCGGUGCAUCCACCACGCCUCGCAUCGCUGCAUAGCACAUCUGGCGGUGGACGGGAUGGAUGCACAGUUCAACUCUUCUGGGCGCUAGCACGUCUUCACCACCGCUGACACAAAGGAAUUUGCCCCAAACCAGCGAGCGGCUGCGUACGCCUCGUUCCAAUUCAAAUACCUACCUACCUAGGUACUGCUUGCUGUAUGGAUACUACUCAGCACGCUUGCGGCCAGUUCCGAGCCUCAGCCAUGAUCAGCCCCAGUGGCUACACUACCAGUUUGCACGAGGACUGUAUUGUACAGACGAAGGGAUCCAACAAUGUUGGCGACCUCUCUGCCCUACAGGCUACGCGCCUAUGAAUCGGCUCAACGCUCGUUUAUUAGCACCUGCUCGGAGGGGCGGCAACCGGGCCCUCUCCACACGGGUUUUUGAACCUUCUGACUCGGACAGCGAACCAACAUCCACGGCCCGGAUCCAGUUCGGCCACUCUCCCAGGCUUCCCAGCCGCGGACAUGAGACGAAGAUUGUCAGCCUCAGAACCAUGGCGAAAGAAACCGCCGUCGUGUUCGUUCUCAACCUCUAAUCGCUUCAUUCCGCUCAAGAAUGCUCGGGCGGGAAGAACUAGGUAUCGGCUCUUUAGUCAUGGGUGAAGGCCCUCAUACGCUGC